AUGGGUGAUGUUGAGACAGGCAAGAAUAUUUUUGUACAAAAGUGUGCCCAGUGCCACACUGCUGAGGAGAGAAGCAAGCACAAGACCUGGCGGAAUCUCCAUGGUUUCUUUGAGGGGAAGACAGGUCAGGCUGCUGGAUUCUCUUACACAGAUGCCAACAAGAGCAAAGGUAUCACCUGGGGAGAGGACACACUGAUGGAGUAUUUGGAGACUCCCAAGAAGUACAUCCCUGGAACAAAAAUGAUCUUUGCUGGCAUCAAGGAGAAGGGAAAGAGGGCAGACUUACUAGCUUACCUCAAAAAGGAUACUAAUGAGUAAUAGUCACUGCCUUAUUUAUUACAGAACAGAAAUGUCUCAUGGCUUUUGUAUGUG